AAGGAGCUCUGAAUGUGACAUGGAUAUACCAUGCGGUACCAGUCCGUGCUGUACAAACAAGAGCGAGGAGUCUACCCUCAAAGCAGUGCAGACCAACUCGCUCUUCUUCAAUCUGCCUCAUGCGAAUCAAGUCUUCGAUGCAACGAAAAUUCCGGAGGGACCUCAUGAAAGAGGUCCAGUGGAACUAGACAAUCACAUUGUCUAUACCGGCCAAUGGCUGGGAACACGUCGGCAUGGUGAAGGCAUGUUACUCAGGCCAGAUGGCGGCAGGUACGAGGGGCAAUUUGUGAACGACCGCGCAUGUGGCAGAGGCAGAUUCGUUCACGCCAAUGGUGAUGUGUACGAGGGACAGUGGCUCGAUGACAAGGCCCAUGGUUCUGGCAAGUUCCUUCACUCCGACGGCUCAUCUUACAUUGGUGAGUGGGUGGAGGAUAUGAAGUCAGGGCAGGGCCUUGAGACUUGGGCCGACGGUUCGACCUUCAAGGGUGAAUACAGGGAUGGAAAGAAGCAUGGCCAUGGCGUAUUCACUUCAUCUGACAACUCGUCCUACUCUGGCCAGUUUGUGAAUGACAGCAUGCAUGGCGAGGGGACCUACACGUUCUCAGAUGGACGUGUCUACGUGGGAACGUGGCAAGACAGCCAGAUGACUGGGACUGGAACCAUGCGUUGGCCGGAUGGUCGAUGGUACGAGGGUGGCUACCUGGGAGACCGGAAAUCUGGGGAAGGAAAAUUCUGUUGGCCAGACGGUCGCUGCUACGUCGGUCAGUGGCUCGAAGGAAAACAGCAUGGCACUGGGCGCUACAUUGAUGCCAAGGGGGUUGCCAGAGAAGGACUUUGGAAGGUAGGAACACGCUUGAGAUGGAUUGACACCGAAGAUGAGCCGCCUCAAUGAAGCCAGACGCGACACGCAUGUUUCACCAAGGCGACACCGUGGAGCCAGUUUGGAAGCUUCUGGAAGC